UGGCCGCAGCUGUGCAAACGUUAGUGAGUGAGGACACGUGACCGCCGCGCGCUGCCGCUGCACCAGGCAGCAGUGAUGGGAGAAUCUCGUGUGAUGGUGGAGGAGCUGCUCGCUCUCUGUCUGCAGAGAAUCAACAUGGAGGAGAACUCUGUGAACACAGAGCUGGAGUUCGUUGCCGUGGUGAGGAACUUCGAGACGACGAGGAAGAAGUGGCUUCACGCCGAGCUGGAGCUGAAGAAAUACAAAGAGCUGCUGGUGAAGUCAGACGUGGCUAAAGCUGCGCUGGAGGUCAAACUGAAACACGCUCGCAACCAGCUCGACGUCGAGAUGAAGAAACGCUACAAGAUCGAGGCCGACUACCAGUAUCUGCAGCGGCAGAUGCAGCUCAUGUGCGACAUCCUCGUCCACGACAGUAAAUCCAGCGCCUGUUUGAACGACGAGCAGAAAUCACUGUUAGCAACGUUUGAGCAUAAAACAGGAAACGUGACGCUGCACCGGAGAAACAAGAGGUUGUCAGUGAUCGAUGAGUCGUCGUUUCUCUCUCACUCUGACAUCAGCUACGAUCGCACAGACGAUGACGUGGAUUUAGACUCGACUGCGAUCAAACCUCUGCGAUCUCGAGCCCGAGAAAGGAGGCGCUCGUCGAUGGGUCCGGUUCUCAGUGUUCCGGUGGUGAAACGUGGGCGGGGCAGUAACGUGUCGUCCGAGCUGAUGGAGAGAAAAACUGUGGAGAAGGAGGUGGAGACAGUGGUGAAGGCGUUGGUGACGACCCCAGACACCGGAGGUCAGAUCCACAUGGUUCUGGGAAUCACUCAGGAGACGACGGAGAACCCACCGCGUACGUUCACUCAGGAGUGUGCGCUGUCAGUGGGCGGAGCCGAUCAAACGUCCGUGUGGUUUCCUGACGACGAGACGAUGGCGGAGCCUGAAACUGACGCCAUGACGACGGAGCCGAGUGUUCUGGUUCGACCGGUUGUGACGUGCAGAGUCGAGAAGAACCCCAAACACGUGUUUGUGUCCAAAACGGUGAUCCGGCCAGAGACGUGUUUGCCGUGCGGGAAGAGGAUCCGCUUCGGGAGGAUGGCGGUGAAGUGCAGGAGCUGCCGCGCAGUCGCUCACCCCGAGUGUAAACACAAGUUCAUCGGCGACUGCUCGUCUGCAGCAGGAGGUACAGGUCACAUGACACAGGAUCUAUUGGAGAGUUUUGCUCCGCCCACUCAUCCGCGAGUCCCUCGCCUGAUCAUCGAGUGUGUGAGUGAGAUCGAGAGGCGGGGCCUGGAUGAGCGAGGACUGUACCGCGUCCCCGGCGGCGAGCGUCUGGUGAAGGAGCUCAGAGAUCGUUUCCUUCAGGGAAAAACUGCGCUCAUGUUGAGUAAAGUGUCCGACGUCCACGUCCUCUGUGGACUGUUGAAGGACUUUCUGAGGAAACUCAAGGAGCCGCUCGUCACCUUCAAGCUGCACAGGACGUUCAUGGAGGCCUCAGAACUGCCUGAUGAAGACAGCAGCUCAGCCGUCGUCUACCAGGCCAUCGCUGAACUCCCCAAAGCCAACAGAGACACUCUGGCUUUUCUCAUGCUGCACUUACACAAAGUCAUGAAGAGUCCUCGUUGUCAGAUGGACCAGAAUAAUUUGGCUCGUGUGUUUGGACCGACCGUCGUGGGUCAUGGGAUGUCUGAGCCGUCGCCAACGACCAUCAUGAGAGACACAAACACUCAGCCAAAGGUGAUUUGUCGACUGCUGUCUCUCCCUGAAGACUACUGGAGACAAGUCCUCGCCGUCCACGCCGAGACACCACUGUCCUCCACCAGUAAGACCUGUGGACCGCAGGACAGCCACGGUGUGUGUUUCUAA